AUGGGCAGUGGAGUCAGCUCUGAGUCUAAAGAAUCAGCCAAAAGGUCACGGGAACUUGAAAAAAGACUCCAAGAAGAUGCCGUGAGAGAUGCCAGGACAGUCAAGUUGCUCUUGUUGGGUAAAUAUGUGUCAUUUCAUUCAUGAAACGGCUACAUUAACCUUUGCAUGAAUGGGUGAUGUUGUUUGACAGUCAGAAGUGUUCUGAGCUCCUACUUUGGGCAUGCCACUUAUUUUAAUCAUGAAAUCGAAUGAUAGAGACUGAUAGAACUGGAAAUGAGUGGUUUUUGUUUUCAGAUAUUGGCUGCAAGUCACAAGCCACUCAUCAGCCUGGAGAUGAUCCAGUCACUCAGACCAACAAUGGAGAUAUUUGUGUGGAUGCAGCCUUCACAGGUGCGCUCCCUUGUUGGAUCUGCAUGUGCAGAAUGGACGUGGAUGCACAAUCCAUAUCAGCGAGUGUGACACUGGGGGUGGCAUUCAACUAGGUUUUACUCAGAGUACACCCACUGAAAUUAAUUGUCCUUAACUUAGUCAUGUGCUGACUUAGGGUGAAACUGAGUUGAAUAGCAUCCUUGACAUGGAAGAUGUCUAUUUAAAAAAACCAAAAAACCGCUUGUGGUAUAAAUGUGCAUUUCCUCCUGCAUCACAAUGGGCUGAGCACAUGAUAGUGCAUGGAUGAUUCUGGGGACAGGGCCACAGAGUUCAGUUCCGGAGAACGUUCAGAGUGGACGGCCCCUGUAGCCUUGAUAUGAGAUAAAUCAGGAAAAGAAUGUGCACACAGGAAAAUAAACAGUUUCAAUAAAUCUAAAGAAACUUGCUUGCAGAUCAUGUUAGCCAAAUUGUGGCUGUUGCUUUAUAUGGUUUCCUGUGUGCACAGGUCUGAAAAUGUGAAUUUGUGAAUAGAACAAAUUGUGAACAGUAUACUGCCUGGAUAAUUAUCUGAUAGUAAAACUGUCUGCUUUUGGGGGGAAUAUAUAGCAUAUCACCUAAAAUACAUUCUAAAAAGUUAAAAGCUAGCACUUGUAAAUGUUUUUAAUGGUUUCUCUGAUUAAUAAUAAUUUUAAAAAGCACCAGAUGCUACUGGUUAGUUUUAUAGUUUUACAAAGCUGUUACAGUUUGUUGAAUCAAACACUUAACAGAUGAUAUAGUGAGGGGAAAUGCACGUUCUGCCUGCAGCUUAAAAAAUCUUCAGCUCAAAAUAUUUUGCUCAAAAGUUGCUAACUGCAAUCCUGAAAAUCUUUAUAGGCAUGUUCAGCCAGGAAGCAUUCAGGCUGGAGCUCCAUGGAAAUGAAUGGGAGUGCCACAUGUGGAUCAGAGUAGUGUUUGUUGAUGUUUCAGUAACUUCAGCUGAUCUGGGGUCAUUUUUUUUUUAUUUUUUUGCUGCAUUUCACUCUGAUUAUCUUAUUGCUAUUUCUUCUUAAAGAGUGCAUAUUUCCAAGCAAGGGUUUGGUACUUUUAUGCCCAUAUACUAAGGAUGCAGCACUAAGGAUGUGUGGAAACCUUGUUGUAAAUUUCACUAGUCUUAGACCUUUGGCUUCUUUAGAAUUCCCAAUCAGAUUUGCCUUGAAAUGUUUGCUUUAUGUGAACCUUGGUGGGAUGGGAGAGGUGUGUAUUCUGUGCCAGAGAAAAAUGGGUUUGUUGGGCUAUUGAAACUCUUCUUGCGUCCUGUGAAAUUUCUUCCAUUUUUUGCCAGAGUAAGAACCUCCAGAUUUAGGGGUAGCUCUGGGACACUUUGUAGAUGGCAAUUAUAUUUCCUUUAGACAAUUUGUGGUUGCUUCUGAUUUUUUUCUCCUGUAUUUUUUUACUUUGUGGUGGGUGGACACCAAAGAAUUCAUACUCAGUUUUCAAUAUUGCUUGCUAGGAAUGAUCUCAAAGCCAAUUUAUUCUGCAAUAGUUUCACAAGGAUUAUCCUGAGCUUAAUGCAGAAGGAUGAUUACCACACUCCCAUGUCUUAUUUUACCACCGUAUUAAGGACCAGAUGUCAGUAUUGUUCCUGUAGCAGCAAUAAAGCACCAGGGAGAAAAGAUCAAUGACUAUUGACUAAGAGUCCUGGUAUACGUAAGGAAAACAGUACACUGUUUAUAUUGCUACUAGUUCUGAAUUUAUGAAAGGGGUCAUUUGUAGCUGUAUUAAUUUCUGUCAUUAGCAUUUAUUUUAUUUUAUUUUACUUCAGAUAGGUUGGGGGUUUUUUCCUGCAAAAUUUAGGGAGUCUAAUUCGCCAGCAAUCCAUUGUCUAUGGUAGACAUGACUCGGAGGAUGGAAUCGCACCCCAGGGAUUUGAACAGAAUUAUCACAGCUACCACAUGGGAGCUUGACAUUUGAUGUUUCUUUCAGGCAGCUCACACAGACCCUUUUCAUCACACCAAAAUGACGCCUGUCAGUGGAAAGGGGAAUUUGCCUGUGGAAUAUUUAUUGCCAUAAAAAAAGUGGAGUGAUUCCAUCCUGAACUUCUGGAGCAAAAGAUAAGGAGGAACUAUACAGCUGUCAUUUUAUGGUUCCCUAAAUUUUACAGGACAGACAGCUGCUUCCUUAUCACAACCUGAAGUUUGGUUGACAGGUGCAGCAGAAUCAGGUGGUAGAAUCCAGACUCUACCAUUCCAGGUUGCAACAUCAUUUUUAAACCCUCCUACAAAAUGGGGUUUGUUUGUUUUCUAAUCCCUACAGCUAAAACAGGGGUAGAGAACCACAUUCUCUCAUAGAGAACCCUUGGGGGCCACUUUCCCAAAGGUGGACAGAGACCAAGGCAAAAGUGGGUGGAGCCAGAGGCAAAUGUGGGCAGAGUGCCAGAGGUGAAUCUUCCCCUUGCACUCUAGGCCACAUUCCACCCACACUAAGCUGUGGCCCUUCCCCACUGCGCACUGAGAAUUUCCCACUGUUUCGUUGUUGCUUUUAUUUCAGUUCUUUCAGCUCGUUUAUAACUUGCCCAAUUUAAUUCAAGGAUGUACGUGUGUGCAUCAACUGAGCUCUGCAAAAUUAAAAUUGUAAUAAAGGUGAUUGUACAUAUGGCUGUAACAAGAUUCUUCCUCUGUGGUGGUUUGACAAAUGUGGAGUGCAUCGGCACACCAGAAGUGCACAGAAAGUGACAUGAGCAUAAUCAUUCACUGUUCUUCUUCGGAGGGACUGCUCUGCAGUCUCCUGCCUUGAGGUAAGGUGUGUGUCCAGCUGGGAAACAACCUUCCCAGUAAUUGCUCCAAUGCUGUAGAAAUCCAUUUCCUGGGAAUCCCAUUUAUCUCCAUUACUUCCUGUUCUGCACUGCAGAUGGUACCCAGCAGCUGGCAGGAGACAUAAUGUCCUCUCCUAUUGGCCAUUGGGAAUUCAAUUUUUUUUGCCUGCCUGAAUUUGGCCAGUCAUAGGCAGGCCUGGAGAUGGGCUUCUGGGGAGCGGACCUGAUUGGUCCAGAGUCAGAGUCUUCACUCAGGUCUGCUUAAAUUCAACUAAAAUUUGGCUCAAAUUCAACCUGCCUCCUCUCCUCAGUGCCACAGUUGUCAUGUGAUCUCCCACCCACACCUUUCCUUCUUUGCUUGUAUUGCACCCUCUCCUCAAAGGGCGGUCUUUUGCUACAACCUUGGUAUUCUUCAGCCACCAUAUUUUGGAGCCAGGGAGGAUUCCCGCCCCCCCUGCCCACAGACUUAUUGCCUCGUUCUGCAGGUUUUGCCUCCCUCAUCGCAAUUGUCACAACUUUGGCAGGGUAGGCAUUGGGUAUGAUCCUUAGCCGAGGAAGGAGCGGAGCUUGUAUACCUCUGCCACCCCUCCAGGUUGUAGGGUAUCCUGCUAAAAGAAUCCUAGGAGAGGUACAUCUGUCCAAAUGCCCAGGCGAGGCUGAGGCCCAUAGCAUUUGCUAGCGAGCUGAUCCAGUCAAGAUUGCACCUACCUGAUGUAUGUCAUAGGCUAACCUCAUCCCAGGAUUGACCCCAAGAAAUCUUCUGGCAGGUGGGUUGGAUGAUAUGAGAGAUACCCAAGUUCCUCAGCCAAACAAACCUCCAUCUGUAAUUGUUAAAACUGUAGCCUGAUUUGAACCAAAACAAGUGUCAGUGUGUCCUUUAUUGCUGCAGGCACAGCAUUUGAUGCCCUUUGGGGCUCAUGGCACCUGGGCACGCAAUCUCAUAGCACAUUCAAGAGCUUCGACACACAAGCUGGGAAUUACCAACAUAAGACUUACUGUAGUUUAGCGUUGCUAUUCAGAUGCCCAGGAAAGGGCUUCAUUUGCUUAUAAUUUUUGCUGUGAUUCUUCAGCCUUCCCUGUACUUUGCAUGUAUAUGAUACUCAUGUGCUCUUUUUGCUCCACAGUAAAAACAUUGUGCCUAAUGGCAUUUGUGUUUAUUCAGAAAUGCAUUUGGGAAAUAGCAGGGAGCAAUUCUGAAUUUGCAAGUCCCAGAUGCAAAACUUUUUUUGACAAAGUUGUCAUUAUUUAUACAAACUUGGCAGGCAGGAACUUUGCAUAAUCAUGGAACCUGCUGCUUGUGUUUCUCUCUCUCUCUUAUAUCGUGGGUUUUAGGGAUCACUUUCCCUAUAUUUGGUCAUUUGUCAUGAUUCAUUUGCUUGAGUUAGGGCAAGCUACAUAUUACACGCAAAUUCAUAUCAUGAAGCUCAGCCUUUUAAAAUGAAUGAAUAAAUAAAAGGUAACCUCAGCAGCCUCAUAUUUGGAGUGAAGCCAUUUUUCUACUCAGUGCCUCCCUUUCACCUCUCAAGCUGCUCUCACCAUCACCGCCACCGGAUCAGAAAUAUGCUCACUCCUGUAAACACAUGCCUGGAACUCAUGGCAAGGAAAUAAAGCUGGAGAGAUGGAAUGGGCUGGCAGGGAAAGGGUUAAGCAUCACUUGACUUUCCCCCAGCUCAAAAUCUCAGCCUCCAAAAGGUUUUUCAUUUAAAAAGAAAUAAUACCGUUUCUUUGUUACAUACAUUUUUGUAACAUGGAUCAUUUGUCCCUUCAUCACUCACAGCUGACUGUUGCUAAGUUGCUGAAAUCUGUUUUCAACAAUAUUUUUUGAGACUGUUCCAUUCUAACCAAUGAGGAUGCAGGGCUGAAAACGUUUUGGAGGUCAUCCACCCCAGUCUCCUUUCCCUACAACUUUAAACUAAGUGGGUCCUGAGACUGGGUCCCUUCCACUAAGAGUGAGGUCUCACAUACAUGCUUCAGUCCGUGAGUGAUGACUUGCUGUGUUUGAAAGCAGCAGUGUGGAUGAACACCACCUACAGAACUCCCAUAUUGCAUCUCAUUCAGCCAUUUCCGGUGGAGGCAAUUCUGCCAGAAAUUAAUAAGUGAUGAAACACUGGAUUGUAUCUGACUAACCCAUACUCAGAGUAGACCCAAUGAAAUCAAUGGACUUAAUUUCAUCAUGACUAACAACCCAUAAAGUACAUGUAUGUGCAGGUGAGUCCUAAGUUUGUGGUUGUAAGUGAAUAGACUGGCAGCAUCAAUUUCAUGGUGCUUUACAGAGUGCCAUAAACUGAGAUCUAUCAGCGAGAGAUUGAGAAUGAAUGGUCAUCAAUAAGCAGAUGACACCCCACUCAAUCUCUCUGUUCCAUCUGAAUUGAAGGAGGUGGCUAAGCUGUUAGACCAUUUCUAAGAUGUGGUGAUGAGCUGGACUUGGGCCAAUAAACUGAAAUGGAAUCCUAAAAGACAGAAGUGUAAGGGUUAGUUUUCUAGUCCAGGAGGUGGAGAGGCAGCCUGUUCUGGAUUAGGAUUGCACCUGAAGGAGCAGGUCAGUAGCUUGGGGAUAGCCCUGGUGACUGGGAGUGCCUUUUUCCAGCUCUGGUUGGUUUGCCAGCUGUGGUCUCUUUUGAACAGAAAUGACUUGGCAGCUGUACUCCAUGCUCUGGUAACUUCCAGAUUGGCUGGCAUUCCACCUAGAUGUCCUCUGUCUCCAAAUUUAAAAAUUACAUGGCUGCCAGUUCAUUUCUGGGCCCUUAGCACUACCCUAGUGCUAAGGGUAGUGUUUAAAGCCCUAAAGCAUUUAGGCCCCAAUAUCUGAAAGACCAUCUCCUUCCCUACAGUUUAAUAUCAGCAGAAGAGGUCCUCCUGGUAGUCCCACUGCCUUAUAAACUUGGGGGGGGUGACUUGGGAAAGGGCAUUCUUUGUGGCAACCCCUAAGUUGUGGAACUAGUUUUCCUCAAAUGCUGAAGAUGCACCUCUUUAUCCUGACUUUUGAAACAUGAGAUGUCUCCCAAGGAGACCAUCUAAACAGGAAAUAAUAGGGGAGACAAUGUACUGUAGUACUGGAAGGUACUGUCAUGGUACCCUCCAGAUGUUGUUGGACUACAACUCCCAUCUUCCCUCACCUUUCGCCAUCAUGGUUGGAGCUGAUGGGGCUUGAAGUUCAUCAAUAUCUGGAGGGUAUUUUUCGGACUACUCUGACAUUCCUAAACUAGAAUAGAAGGAAUUUCCUCUUUUCCACUGCAGUUCUGUGAGUAAGGUCAAGAGAUCUCUUAAUACAUAUGCUAAAUAAAAAUGUGCUCAAGAUUUUGCAUUAACGUCAGAUUUAUUUAUUUUUUUUUAAGAAAGAAAUCUGUACUAAAAAUGAAAUCCUUAAACCUGGAUUGCCACAUAUGUCUAAAGACUUGGGGAGUCUAUGGUGGAAAAUGUUUAGAUGUGAUUAUCUGAGAUUUCUGGCUCAUAAUAUGUGACAAUUUAGGUUGAACAAAAUGAGAAAUCGUUGCCGUGCUUUUUGAUUCUUCAGCUCCAUAAAACUGCCCUUGCAAUGGUUUCUCUGCCCAAUCAUUCUCUGUUUUGACUGCUUAUGGCUGUCUUUUCAGCUACUGCAACAUAUAAAUAUAUAUAUAUCACUAAUAUUAAAGUGGGGUUUUUUUGGGGGGGGGGAAUCGAUCUGACAGUGCAGUGAAAGCCUUUCCAUUUGAUCCUUAUCUACAUCCACCCCCACAAUCAUAUCAGAAGAAAUCUAGGGAGUAGUAAAAUAAAGACGCUUAGAUUUCUGGUCCAGCAGGUUGCACUUUCCCCAUACAUUCGCCCUGUAAGAUCAAACACUUUUAUUUGAUGCUUAUCAGAGCUUGAUAUGCUCACAGUGGCUUCCAUAAACUGAGUGCUUUUGUUUGGAGUAGCUAAAUGUGUUGUAGCUACAAAUCAGCAUGCUUCUAGAGGCAACCCAUACUCCUCUAGGGUUUGCUAAAUACCCUGGUCCAUAAACAAAUGUCCCCAAACCAUGGCUAGCGCAAGUUGCCCAUUUGGCUAAAGCACAUGCACUGCUUGAGGGACACACACAAAAGCCUUUGUUGACCAACAUGUGCUGGUGAAACAGAAUGCCUCUUUUCCAAGUAGAAGUGUUUUUUUUAUUUUAAAAAAACAAGCAAACAAACCCACCACUUUUGCAUAUUUUUAUGUGCUUUUUUUCCUCCAUCACUUACUUUCUUUGUCUCGUUUUCCCACUUGGCUCCUUUUUAACAACUUUAAAUGUGACCAAUAUGUGCAUGUUCUUUGUCUGCAGGAGCUGGAGAAUCAGGGAAGAGCACUAUUGUGAAACAAAUGAAGUAGGUGCAUCAAUAUUCAUGUCACAUUGGGUAGCACAAAGUGCUACGUGAAGCACAAUGCCAAAGGGCGUGAGGUGGGGGAGCGAUCAAACAAAUCAAACUUGACAAUCUAAUCCUAACAGAUACUGUACAUGGGGAUGUAAAAAAGCAAUCCUUUAUACCUCAUUCACUAACCUGAUGUUUUACCCAAUAUAUCAAUAUGUGCUUGGCCUCUUCUAUCUGAAGCCAAGGAUGCCAGUUUAAAGACAGAGGGACAGCUAAAAUAGGUAUCAGGGUGGAGGGGAAAGGCGCCACAUACGCAAACACAAACACAUAAGCACACACACCACACCCUUUCCUAAAAGCUUUGCAGUUAUUUUCCUGCCAUUGAAAGUCAUAUUCACUGCUCAAUGUAUUUAUCAACAAAAACAAAUAUGCCUUUUUCUUACACUGGCAGGACUUUCCGAUGUGUUCAAUGGCAUAUUAGUUCACAUCUGAACACUGUAAUGCUUGUUCUCAUUAAAGCACAUGGAAAUGUGCAUAUGAGUACAUCCUUCCCUUGGAUUAUUUUUUAAAAGGAGUGGCACAGGGCCAGGAAGUGUGCAGGUAUCAGCAGUGGCGGAGCUUCAUGCUCUGGCACCGGGGGGCGGAGAACAGGCAGGGGCGGGGCUGGCAUACGUCCUGGGGCCGUGGCACGCCACCUGUGGGGGCGUGGCACCCAGCGCAGGCGGGGGGCAGCCGCGAUGGCACCCGACUGGGAUCGCGCUGCCAGGGGAGGUGCGCUCCCUUGCACUCCUCUUUCUCCACCAGUGGGUAUCAGGGCUGGGGCUGGAUGAUGUGGUUCUGCUCAGCACUUUUCUUCUAGGGAAAAAGGUGCCAGUACUGGGUACCCCUGAGAACCUCCAGAAAGCAAGCCCUGGUCCUGCUGACUUUAAGCAUGGGCAGGGCUCGUGUUCCUCCCCAGUGACAGGUGUGCCAGAUGUCAUUGCUUAGAGCAGGGGUAGCCAAUGCAGUGCCCUCCAGAUGUUGAUCGAAUACAACUUGCAUCUGCCACAGCCAGCAUGACCAAUGGUUGGAGAUGGUGAGAUUUGUAGGCCAACAACAUCUGGAAGGCUAUUCCUUAGAUAAUGGGACAUUCAAAUCUGAUUAUGCAGCCAUGUCUAUGACUGCCAGUCUCUCCCCAGUUCCAGUUCUCAGAAUCCUGCCCUCUCACUCUCUUCUUAUUUUAGAUUAUUGUGAUAUUUGUCUCCUUCUUUGCUUCCUAGGAUCAUCCAUAAAGAUGGCUAUACAGAUCAGGAAUGCAGAGAGUAUAGAUCUGUGGUUUACAGCAAUAUGCUACAAUCCAUUCUGGCCAUUGUCAAGGCAAUGUCCACAUUAGGAAUUGAAUAUGGGAACUCAGAAAGCAAAGUGAGUAUAAUGUCUCUCUCAACUAGUAUUAUUUUGUCUCUGAACCAGUGUCACCCCAGGAAACCAGUUUUGAAUUCUCACAUCAGAACCUCAAGAUGCUCUAACAUGGGAAGAUUGCAGCCUUGCUCUCCUCCUGCACAAACUUUUCAUUUUUCUUUUCUUUUCAUUUUUUGGUCUUUCACAGCAGUGCCAUAAUUCAGUUCACCUCUGGGAAGCGCAGCUGCCAUUCUGUUGAAUAAGGUCCGUUUCUGUUUAUUGGCCCUCAUCCAGCCAUUCAAGCACAUUCUCCCAUUCACAAGCUUGCCUGAGACAUUCUGCCCAGACAGUAACAGCCUCAGGGUCACCAAGUGACCAUUGCUCUGAAAAAACCUUAAUUCUCAUAUGUAUAUAUUUCUGUAUAUGAGAGCAAAGGAUGUCAUAGCCCUUGUGCAGACCUUUAUUCUUAUGCAAUAUACAAGAGUUAGGGUUAGACAUGGGCAGACAUGACCCAACUCCUUCAAAUAAAAAUGUGAAGAAGUUGUGGCUUUGAACAGACCUCAUAUUAUUGCAGCAGAGAUAAGACAUCAGUGAGAGAUUUCCUUAUCCUUUUGAACACUGUUUUGAACAUACCGUAUUUUUUGCUCUAUAAGACUCACUCCCCCCCCCAAAAAAAGUAAGGGGAAAUGUGUGUGCAUCUUAUGGAGCGAAUGCAGGCUGUGCAGCUAUCCAGAAGCCAGAACAGCAAGAGGGAUUGCUGCUUUCACUGUGUAGCGAUCCCUCUUGCUGUUCUGGCUUCUGAGAUUCAGAAUAUAUUUUUUUCUUGUUUUCCUCCUCCAAAAACUAGGUGCGUCUUGUGGUCUGGUGCGUCUUAUAGAGCAAAAAAUGCGGUAAUUUCAAUUAUUCACAUUCGGCUAUGGCUGUCAGUUUAAUCUGAAAGACCCAUAAACCAUUCACAUAAUGAGUCAGAGCUGUACAAAAAAAAACACACAAAAAAAACCAGUGCUAAGAAAGGAUUGUUGCUUGCAGUCACAAGGUGACAGAGUACUUUUAGUGACCUCAUAGAUUUAGAUGCAGAACUGUUAAGGGUGGCAUUAAGCAAACCUGGUAAUUGCCAUGACCUUUCUUCAAAACAACUGAGGAACAGAGGUUCACAGCAGUCAUGAAUAAGGCUGGCAAGAUGUUGUGUUGACUGCCAGCUUAGAUGGCUUUAAAAGAGAAUUAGACAAAUCCAUGGAGGUCUGGACUACCAGUGACUACAAGGCCUGACGACUAUACUCAACCUUCACGGAUGGUGGCAGCAUCCUCUGAACACCAGCCGCCUGGAAUCACAAGUGGGGGGAAGAUGGCAGGCUUCCCAUGGGCACCUGCUGUGAGAACAGGAUGCUGAACUAAAUGGACCUUUGGCACAAACCAGCUGGGCUGUUAUGUUCUUAUAAGUUUAUGUAUGCCAAGACAGGCACCAGGGUGGGCUAUGGCCCAGAGCCAUAUAUAGACCACUGUUUUUCUGUGACCCCUUAUUUAUCCUCCCUGCUGCUCUUCUGAACCUGAGAAGACCAACGGAAGCAAGAGAUAGCGCUGUGUCCCGGAACAACAACAAAACCACAAGGAUAUCUUAUUAUCUCUAAAGAUAACAAAAGCAAAAAAUGAGCUUCUGCAUUUGAAAUUCCCUGAUGAAGAACCUGAUAAAUGUGUUGGGUAUUUAACUUUUCUCCCUGCCCUUUUGCUUCCUGCUUCCCUCUCCCCACCUCCCCAUAUUCAUAACAUGGUAGAUCAUUUUUCAUUACUUAAAAAAUAAAGUGUCAGCCCCAAUGGUCAAGCCUGAUUCACAGAAAUCUCGUUUCAGGAAGAUGAAAGGCAGCUUUUGGCAAUUGCAGAUUCCAUGGAAGAUGGCACCAUGUCUUCUGAACUAGCUGGGAUCAUCAAACGUUUGUGGAAGGAUUCAGGGAUUCAGGCCUGCUUUGAAAGAGCAUCAGAGUACCAACUCAAUGACUCAGCUGCCUAGUAAGGGGCCAGUUUACAACUGAAUUCUGUAAUCCUAAACCGUGUGUGUGUGUGUGUGUGUGUGUGUGUGUGUGUGUGUGUGUUUAAUGCCUGUUGCUUUUCACAAUAAUAUGCUUAGAAGUUACGUAAUUGAUUCCGCCUUCAGGGUGCUGGCUCUGUAUUUAUGGUAUUAAGCAAUUGUUAUGAUGCUAUUAAACUAGCAUAAGCACAACAGAAUUACACAAAUAAUUAUCCUCUUCUCCAGUAGAGCCUUGUAAACCACUCUCCAAACAUCCCAGUUUUCAGUUAUCAACUGCACUCUUCUUUCCUUCAACAACUCCUCCUCUGUCUUCAUCUUCCUCACAUUGUAUGUGCCUGUGGCAGGCAGCUAAAGAUGACACCUAGCGCAGGAAUCACAAAUCAAAUUGUACCUAUAACCUCUCUCCCUCCCUCCUUCUCUCUCUCUCUCUGUGUGUGUGUGUGUGUUUGUGUGUGUGUGUGUGUGUGUGUGUUACUGAAUACAUGUAUCUCUGUAUCUUUGAGACCAUUUCCAUUAUGGUUAAUGCUACUAUUUUGCAGGUCAAUUUUUUUAUUGCUUAUGGCCAAAGGCCUUUACAGUUGCAAAUAUUCAUACAGUCCGAAAGGCAUACAGCACGAGCCAAUGCUGAAAUACCAAUGUUGUGAGUUGAAUGAAAAUUGCAUGAGAAGACUUCUGCUCACACGGUGGGGCUUCACUUUGCUCCUCCCCCUUGCAGCCCCCUGCACGUCUCCCAAAAUCUUCUCCAGAGAAUCCCCCAACCCUCCACACUUGGGAGUGCACAGGGGACGGCAGAGGGAAGGGAGGAAGGUAGAGUCUUGUUGCCUGGAGAGAAGUCUAUUCUCCUUGGGAAUGACCAGGUUUGAUACAAGCCAGUGAAUACUGAACACAGUAAAUAAACUGCAGAAUCGAAUUAAAUAAUAAUAAUAAGGAGGAGGAGGAGGAGGCAAUGUGAGAAGGGAUAUGAAAAACAAAGAAUAAAAAGCAGUAAAAAAAUAUAUAUUUUUGACAUGACUUUGCAACUGAUUGUUAAACCUUUCUGAGAAUUGUAGCUCUGAGGGGAAGAGAAGUCUCCUAACAACUCUCAGCACCAUUAACAAACCACAUUGCCCAGGAUGCUUUGGGGGAAGCUAUCACCAUUUAAAGUGGCAUGGCACUGUUUUAAAUGGAGAGUGCAGAUGGGGCCAGUAACUCAGAAACAGAUCGGAUUUUUUUUUAAUGCACAGAUGCAAGGUGGAUCCUGGGACUAUUACACACCCCUGGCAUGAAUGUGUAUUUUCUAUACGUGACUUUCCCCAAAACUUUUGUCAUGUAGAACCAUCCAGUUGCAUGCAGAUUUGGUUUCUUCUUUCUGCUUGUGCCCUAUUUAUGGCUGGCUUGUAUUGGCCUACCCUUAUCCCCCAGGCCAUGGCGUUGGACUUCCAGACGCUGCCCCAACCUCACCUCCUCAUGCACAAGAGUGUCCCUGUUUCCACCUUGCAGGAAGAUGGAGCCUGCAAUGCUUUGUCUCUCUCUCUCUCUCUCUUUCUGAUUCUGUAGCUAUCUCAAUGAUCUGGAGAGGAUAACAGCUCCUGGCUAUGUCCCAAACGAGCAAGAUGUCCUUCGCUCACGAGUAAAGACAACAGGAAUUAUUGAGACACAGUUUUCAUUCAAAGAUUUGCACUUUAGGUAUGACAGCUGUUCUGCCGUGUUUCUUCCUAAGUAUGAUAGAUAUGCAUGUGGUUUGAGAUUAGAGGCCAAAGCAGUCUACCUGAUUCAGGCUGCUGGAUUUCUGACAUUUUAAACAGCUUAAAGGGCAGUUGGAGGCUUUGGUAUGGCUAUGGUCACAGCCAGCAAUCUGAGCCUCCCACAUCCAAUGUUCUACCAGGAAAUCUUGCAGUUUCCCCAGCUGUAUUCAUUUUGUAAAUGCUCUCUCUCUAUUCCACCUAUGGAAACUUUACAGCUGUACACAGUCAGCUUCCAUGAUGUUGGCAGGGGGGGGAAAUAGUAAUUGAAUUAAAAUUGUGGGUUGCGGCACAUGGGCUACUGAAUUCGGAAAGUCUCUGAAUCUCCGGCUGUUCUCUUCUCAGCUGCUUUACAUAUUAUGGUUGAGCUGCGCAGAUUACUUUACAUCGGGCCAGUCAUGUGGAUCAGUUCAAGAUGCAGAUUUUCCUCCAAACUGCUGGAGGAUUUAGCUGGUAGGAUUUGAUGUAACAUGGUGGAAACUGCCCAAUUCAUGAACUAAGAUGCUGCACAUAAACAGCUCACAUGCAGAGCAGUCUCAGUUAGCUUAUUUGUGGUAGGGAACAAUUUAAAAGCCCGUGCUCAGGAGAAACUCAAACCAUUAUUGGAACUGCAGGCUUCCUGCUGCCUGCCGUACCCUUGCACCUAGCUCAUUUCGUCCCAGUCUUACCUCUGUACUUGUCCAUAACUUGCAACUGUUUAUGUACACCUGUACAGCCUGGUGUCAUGUGCAAAUCCAUUCCCUCCCAUCCCCUCUGAUUUUUGCCUGGUAAGCUCCAUGGAGCAAACUGUUUUGCCUGCUGUAUCCAUCAUGCUGUGUGAGAGGCAUGUUGGAUUUCAUGCAGAACAUAUCAUUUCCAAUUCUAAUAUUUGAAAAGUGGUUCUUGUUGGAGGUGGAAGCAAAUAAAUAUUUGUGAAAUGCUUUGCAUGCUAUUUACAAAUCUAGGCAAGCAAAUAGCAAAGAAACAACAAACUGCCAUGGAGGCAUGGAUUGGUUUGACAAAAGCUCCACAUUUGAGUUUCCAUAGCACUUCACAUAGAUGAUUUGUGAUCAGGAAUCCCAUAUUCGAGAUAGAAGGAUUUCUUGGCUCACUGUGUACAGUGGUACCUCGGGUUAAGAACUUGAUUCGUUCUGGAGGUCCAUUCUUAACCUGAAACUGUUCUUAACCUGAAGCACCACUUUAGCUAAUGGGGCCUCCCGCUGCUGCCAUGCCGCCGGAGCACGAUUUCUGUUCUCAUCCUGAAGCAAAGUUCUUAACCCGAGGUACUAUUUCUGGGUUAGCGGAGUCUGUAACCUGAAGCGUGUAACCUGAAGCAUCUGUAACCUGAGGUACCACUGUAUACAAUACUUCUCAUGCAGACACCACACAGCAAAUCUCUGAGACUUGUAGUGAUGAAAGAAUCCUGACACACACACACCCCCCACAUGCCCAACAUAACUAGUGUCAGAGAUGCAGUGAAUGGACGUACAUGUUUAUCUUUGUUUCAUUCAUUUCCUAGGAUGUUUGAUGUGGGAGGGCAAAGAUCUGAGAGGAAAAAGUGGAUUCAUUGCUUUGAAGGAGUUACUUGCAUAAUAUUCUGUGCAGCUUUAAGUGCUUAUGACAUGGUCCUGGUGGAAGAUGAAGAAGUGGUGAGUCAGAACAGCAAAUGUGGGGGGCAGGGGGGACAAGGGAGUUGCAAUUUGUGGAAAGCAUUUAUGGUUCCUUAAGAACAUUAUUCACAUUCUCUGCUCUGAUAACCACAACCCACUGAAUUCCUAUUUCGUUGAUUAAAAAAGAACAUUGGACUUUGCAUGUCACCAGGUAAUGGGGCCUAAUAGCCACAUUUCCCCGCCUUUUACAGAACCGAAUGCACGAGAGUCUUCACCUGUUCAACAGCAUCUGUAACCACAAGUACUUUGCAACCACUUCUAUUGUGCUCUUCCUAAAUAAGAAGGAUCUCUUCCAAGAAAAAAUAUUGAAAGUUCAUCUCAGUGUCUGCUUUCCAGAAUAUGAUGGUAAGUUUAGAACCUGUGGCCCUCCAGAUGUUGUUGAACUCUCAUCGGUUCCAGCCAGCAGGGGCAAUAAUUAGGGAUGAUGGGAGUUGCAGUCCAGCAACAUCAGGAGGGCCACAGGUGAGCCAGUGCUGGCUUACACAUCCCACUUCUUUGGUUUCUGAAGAUUGCUCAUGAGGAACAUAGUCCCCGGAUUGAAAUGAUUUCCCACCACUGAAUUAAGAUACAUGUUAUUGAGACUGCUUUCUUAAGCCCUUGGUAAAGGUAAAGGGACCCCUGACCAUUAGGUCCAGUCGUGACCGACUCUGGGGUUGCGGUGCUCAUCUCGCUUUACUGGCCGAGGGAGCCGGCAGACAGCUUCCGGGUCAUGUGGCCAGCAUGACUAAGCCGCUUCUGGCGAACCAGAGCAGCGGAUGGAAACGCUGUUACCUUCCCGCCAGAGUGGUACCUAUUUAUCUACUUGCACUUUGACGUGCUUUCGAACUGCUAGGUUGGCAGGAGCAGGGACCGAGCAACGGGAGCUCACCCCGUCGCGGGGAAUCGAACCGCCAACCUACUGAUCGGCAAGUCCUAGGCUCUGUGGUUUAACCCACAGCACCAAAAGACUAGGCUGUGUCCAGCUUGGUGAGUCCAGCUGUGUGGGCCAUCUCUGGACACAGUUGUGCGUUUUCAUGAUUCCCAUAAGAAUAACGAUUAAAAGAAUGCAAAGGGAUAGUUUUGGGAAAGGGAAAUAAUUUUUUAAUCUUACUCAUGGUUCAUUUCUAUAUGAAUGAAAAAGGGAUUCCUUGCAUGCAGUAAAUGAGAAUUGUAGAGACAGUUACAUGUUCACUGAAGAUUUCAUGCACGCCAUACUUUUUGUUUGGGGAGGAGGGCAGAGGUCAGUGGAGGCUGAACUCGACAGAUUGUGUGCCAAGGGAAGGGAAAGGGCUAUUUCUAACAAAUUAAUUAGUAUGGCAUUUUACUGACAGUUCCUUCUGUCUUCCUCUGACUAGGAUCAAACACAUUUGAAGAUGCAGGAAAUUACAUCAAGAACCAAUUCUUAGAUCUGAAUUUAAGAAAAGAGGACAAGGAGAUCUACUCCCACAUGACCUGUGCCACUGAUACGCAGAAUGUUAAGUUUGUGUUUGAUGCUGUGACAGAUAUAAUCAUCAAAGAGAACCUGAAGGACUGUGGGCUCUUUUAG